CACUCUUAAUUAAAUUCCUUUGUUAUUUAAAAUAUCCAAUAUUAUGGCUUUCAAGAAUUUUUCCAUUCUUACUCUCUUCAUUUUUCUUUUCAUUUCCAUCUUGAUAUCUUUUCCACUAUCAUCCCUAGCUGAUAAUUCCAACGUUCCACCACAAAAAAUUUGCGAGGACACCUUAGAUCCUCCUUUUUGUAAAACUUUGUUUUCUAUUGAAAAUGGAACCAUAUUUGAUUAUGGCCGUUUCUCAAUAAAAAAAUCCUUAUCACAAUCACGAAAAUUCUUAAACUUAGUACUUUCACAACUUCAAAAUAAAUCAUCUUUGUCACAACCCACAAUUUCCGCUCUCAAAGAUUGUCAAUUCCUUGCACAACAAAAUUUCGAAUAUUUAUCAAACACCAAUCACUCUACGCAUAAUACUAACGAUGUUCUUUCCGUUUCUCAAGGUGAAGAAUUUCAAACAUUGCUUAGUGCCGUUUUAACAAACCAAGAAACUUGCUUAGAUGGUUUAAUAACCAUAGCUUCGGAUCAAAAAGUGAUUGAUGAUUUUUCAUCAAUACUUUUGAAUGAUACAAAGCUUCAUAGUGUGUCACUUGCUUUAUUUUUGAAGGGUUGGGUUCCUAACAUUAAAAAACAAACAUCAUGGCCAAGAAAUGGAAGACAUUUGGAUUUUCACAACGGUCGUUUACCGUUGAAUAUGUCAAAAGGAGUAAAAGCUCUUUAUGAUUCAGCUAGAGCACAUGGAAGAAAAUUACUUCAAACAAUUGAUGAAAGUGUUACUAUAAGUGAUAUUGUAAUUGUUAGUCAAGAUGGAAGUGGAAAUUUUACGAAUAUUACUGAUGCUAUAAGAGUUGCACCAAAUAACACGGUUUCUAGUAUUAAUGGUUACUUUCUUAUUUUUGUUACCGAGGGUGUGUAUCAAGAAUAUGUAUCUAUACCAAAAAAUAAGAAGUAUUUGAUGAUGGUUGGAGAUGGAAUCAAUCGAACAAUUAUCACGGGUGAUCAUAACGUUGUUGAUGGUUCUACAACAUUUAACUCGGCAACAUUUGCUGUAGUGGCAGAAGGGUUCAUAGCAGUGAACAUGACAAUCCGCAACACUGCUGGAGCAAGCAAACACCAAGCAGUUGCAUUAAGAAACGGAGCUGAUUUAUCCACCUUCUAUAGCUGCAGCUUCGAAGGGUAUCAAGACACUUUAUAUACACAUUCUAUGAGACAAUUUUAUCGCGAAUGUGAUAUUUAUGGCACAGUUGAUUUCAUAUUUGGAAACGCUUUAGUUGUUUUCCAAAAUUGUAACAUUUAUCCUCGUCUUCCAUCAAGUGGACAGUUCAAUGCUAUUACUGCUCAAGGUCGAACUGAUCCAAAUCAAAACACAGGAAUUUCCAUACAUAAUGCAACUAUUAAACCUUCCGAUGAUUUGGCUCCUGUAAUUGGCACCGUCAACACAUACCUUGGUAGGCCAUGGAAAGAAUAUUCAAGGACAGUCUAUUUGCAGUGUUUUAUGGAUAGUUUCAUAAGUCCUUCUGGUUGGCGUGAAUGGAGUGGAGAUUUUGCUUUAAGCACUUUGUAUUAUGCAGAGUAUAAUAAUACAGGAGUUGGUUCAGAUACAAGCAUGAGAGUUAAUUGGGUUGGUUAUCAUGUUAUUAUUAAUGCUACUGAUGCUGCUAAUUUUACCGUCUCUAAUUUUUUGGAUGGAGAUAGUUGGUUGCCUCAAACUGGAGUUCCUUACUUUAGUGGAUUGAUAUAAGUAAAGUGACUUACAAUACAACCUAGUGUAUAGUAAUUCUUUUAGUUCUAUAAAGUUUAUGAUUCUCUCUUGUGUAAUUCUACAUCAUUCAAGGAUUAAAUAAAGCAUUGAUUCUCUCUUGUGUAAUUCCUACUAAAAUGAACUGACCCAUUCUUGAUCUUUCAAGAAGAGAAAAAAUUUCAUUGAACUUA